GAGAGUGCGUGUGAGAGGGAGAGCGUGAAAGGACGGAGAGAGAGUGAGCCUCAGCUCGCAGAAGUUUGACGCUCCCGACGAGUCCCGAACGUCGCUGCCAUGGAGCUUCGGAGGGAAAUUGGAUCUUUAUUCGUCGCCGUCCACCUAUGGAUGAGUUUCUGCUGCCAAGGCUGUCAUGGCGGUCAGUACCAGAGGAAGCUCUUCCGUGAUCUGAUGGUGGACUACAAUCGGCUGGAGAGACCGGUUCACAAUGACUCAGCGCCUAUUGUGGUGGAACUGGGCCUCACUCUGCUGCAGAUCAUCGAUGUGGAUGAAAAGAACCAAGUGUUGAUCACCAACGCUUGGCUGCAGCUGUACUGGACUGACAUCUAUCUGUCAUGGAACCCUGAAAACUACCCUGGAGUGCAGAAUCUGCGCUUCCCGUCCAACCAGGUGUGGGUCCCAGAUAUUCUCCUCUACAACAGCGCUGACGAGAGGUUUGAUGCCACCUUUCACACGAACGUGCUGGUCAAUGCCACCGGAUCCUGUCAGUACAUCCCCCCAGGAAUCUUGAAGAGUACCUGCUAUAUUGACGUGCGGUGGUUCCCGUUCGACGUGCAGAAGUGCGACUUGAAGUUCGGCUCUUGGACUCACAACGGCUGGUUGCUGGACCUCCAAAUGAUGGACGUGGACAUCUCCACUUAUAUACCCAACGGGGAAUGGGACCUUGUGGGUGUGCCCGCCAAGCGCAAUGAGCUGUACUACGACUGCUGCAAAGAGCCGUACCCUGACGUGACGUACACGGUCACCAUGCGCCGCCGGACGCUCUACUACGGCACAAACCUGCUCAUCCCCUGCGUGCUCAUCUCUGGACUAGCGCUUCUGGUCUUCUUGCUUCCUGCUGACUCAGGGGAAAAGAUUUCACUGGGCAUCACGGUGCUGCUGUCUCUCACCGUCUUCAUGCUGCUGGUGGCAGAGAUCAUGCCCGCCACCUCAGACUCCGUCCCUUUGAUCGCUCAGUAUUUUGCCAGCACCAUGAUGAUCGUGGGUUUGUCUGUGGUGGUGACCGUUCUGGUACUGCAGUUCCACCAUCAUGAUCCACAUGGAGGGAAGAUGCCGAAGUGGGUCCGAGUCUUCCUCCUCAACUGGUGCGCUUGGUUUCUCCGGAUGAAAAAACCUGGAGAAGACAGAAAGACAGCUGUGGCUCCCUGUGGCGUUCAGACCUUCAAAUACUCUCAGCAACAGACUCACCACUCCAGCACCAGCAGCAUUCCUAUGAGCACCAUUCCAAGCCAGACUUCCCCCCAGUCCACCACGACCAACGGGAACAUGAAGCUGUACUUUGGGUAUCAUUCCAUGGGAACAGACAAGGCGGCUUUUCCACCCAGCACAGACUCGGGAGUGGUGAUGUGUAGCGACCCGAAUGGCUCGACGACCGUGCACGACAUCCACUCGGAGCAGACUCGGACUUUGCUCCUGGAGCAGGUUCCUGAGAUCACCCGGAUCCUGGAGGAAGUGCAGUACAUUGCCAGCCGGUUUCGGGAGCAGGAUGAGUGCGAGUCCAUCUGCAGUGAGUGGAAGUUUGCGGCGGCAGUAGUGGAUCGGUUAUGCCUGGUAGCCUUCUCGCUCUUCUCCAUCAUCUGCACCGUCACCAUCCUCAUGUCGGCACCCAACUUCAUCGAGGCUGUUUCCAAGGACUUCACAUGAGUCGGUAUGGUGACUGGACUUGGACAGUGCCACAUAAGCCUCCCUGACAACACUACCUGAACACCCACAUGUACUGUACUUGUGUUUUGUUUAUUGUGGCAGCUACAUCCAGUGGUCAACAAUGUAAAAAUUCCAAGAUACUUUUCUUCUUCAUCUCUGCCUCACUUAUCUCCAGCACUCUCAAGAUCUGUUUCUUUUACUGAGGCUCAUCUCUGUACAGUCACGUGUUUUCAAAGAACUGUUGCACCAAAUGUAAAUAGAGCAAAUCUUUUCAAUGUAAAAAUACUGUAUAUUGUGCUGUGUUCGUAGAAGUAACAAAAGCCCCCUCUGAGUCAGGGCCAAACUGAGGAAACCAAACACUGGCAGGCCACCAUUAGUCCUUACCGCCGCUGGUUCCAGUAGUCGUCGAGGAGUAGAAAGGCAUCUCAACCUUCAAGAUGGUGCUCAACUCACAUUAUGUUGGUCCAGGUUUUUAUGUUGUAGCAGAACAUGGAAGAAACACGUGUUGAAACAGAGAGAAAUAUGAAAGAAAUAUGAUCAAGGGUUGCUGUAACCUGUGUUUUACUGACUCAAGGGCACAGCUCGCAUGUUUCUGCCAACCCAGGAGACCCAACUCUGGACAUGUAAGGGAUUGCAUCACGUAGACUUCUGCCCCAAGUACUGUGGAAUGACUCACUAACACAUAUGACAGUGUCGUAAAAAGGUUCACUAAUCCUCCUAUUAUUGCUACAUUGGGUCCUAUUCUGGGCUGUUAAGAGUAGUGAUGGGCAGAUGAAGCUUCAUGAAUUCUCAUUUUUGAAGCCCACUCGAUGGUACUCUGCUCUACUGUCUUCGGACAACCAUUGAACUGAAACCUUGUAUCAUUUUUAAAGCAAGGGCACCAACUUCUGUGCUCCAAAAAUGCUUCAGGAAGUUUCAUCCGCUCACGUUUCCUUCAUGAUGCAUUGCUUAUCAUAUCCUGUCUGCUGGGGAGAAGGUGUUGGACAGACGGGGUUUGGCGGGGAUUUACACGGUUUACUGUAUUUACUGGUGUUCCUCGUGCUCAGGGAACAUAGGUUGUUUAGCAAAUAAAGUCCACGUAUACUGCCAUGUCACUUUAAAGACUCCUUUGUCUCAAACAUAUAGCAUUAUACGCGAUAUACAGUGUUGCUCAUCAUAUAAGUGUUGAACCACAGCUCACAAAAUCACGGCCCUCAUUUUCAAAGCUCAGCAGGUCUGAAAACUGAGACUUAAAAUCGAUGUGCAACGAAGAGUAUGCCAUCUAGUGGGCUCUGAAAAUGAGGACACUGUUUCGCAAAGCUUCGAAGAGAUGAAAAAAGAUGCAUGAACUGUGGCAGUCUUCAUCUGAGUUAUUCUUAUUGUUCCCUUGUCCGGUAAAACUAAGUGACCGUACAGAAAAAAAAGGAUGGAGUUAUGAUUAAAAGCAGCGAUGUCACUCCAGGGGAAUUUUCUUUUAAUCUUCCGUGCUGAUAGCAUUUGUGAUUCUACCCGGUAAUGCUCGGCGAAAGGCAAACACUGGUUAAUCUUUCGCAAACAACGUGCAGCAGGAUUAAAGAGUGACCUUAUGAAAUGGAUUUGUGUGCGUCUUUGUCUCUCCUCACCGACAGGACGCGGCACCCAAACCAAAGUGUUGGGUUUCUCUCAGUCUUUUCACUUGGCCUUUUCUAGAGGGUGAACUCACAGGGAGCAGCAGGCAGUGAAUAGUGGACUCAAAUACAAAGUGUAAAUUGUAGUUCUUUUUCUUUCGGCUUCUCCCUUCAGGGGUGGCCACAGCGGAUCAUCUUCCUCCAUCUCACCCUGUCCUCUGCUUCCUCUUCUCUCAAACCUACAAACCUCAUGUCCUCCUUCACCACCUCCAUCAAUCUCCUCUUUGACCUUCCUCUCCACCUUCUGCCUGGCAGUUCCAACCUCAACAUCAUCCUACCAAUGUACUGUCUCUCUCUCUCUCCUCUGUACAUGUCCAAACCAUCUCCACCGAGCCUCUCUGACUUGGUCUCCUAAACACCUGAGCACAUGUGCUGUCCCUCUGAUCCUAUCCAUCCUGCUCACUCCCAGAGAGAAGCUCAGCAUCUUCAUCUCUGCUACCUCCAGCUCUGCCUCCUGUCUUUUCCUCAGUGCCACCGUUUCCAAACCAUAAAGCAUUGAUGGCCUCACCACCCUUUUGUACACCUUCCCUUUCAUCCUUUUGUCACGCAUCACACCUGACACUUUUCUCCAAUGAUUCCAUCCUGUCUGUCUUCGUAACCUCUUUGUCACAUUCUCCAUAGUCUAAAGAAAACAUCGGGUACAGAUUUGUUCUUCAUUGUGAAACUCAGGUAGUUAUUAGACCUCACUUCAACCUCAAUGCCAGGUUGCAUACUGACUGCUGGGAGACUGGAACCAGCAACUUGUUUUUUCAGUUUUUUUUUUUUUGUUUUGUUCUGCUGGUACUUGAUAAUGCCAUGGUGGUAAGAAAAAAAAAACCUCACUAGUUUUCACUUUCCUACCAAGUGAUUUAUCCUGCAUUAAAGGGUAAAAAUGAUGCACCAAACCAAGUGUUUCAUGUCUUAUGUAACCAGGACUUGUCUUCUUUGCUGGUGCGGAGGCGAGUCGUCAUUGGAACAUGUCCACUGAGCUCUUCCUAGACAAGGAUUGAAAGACUGUAAAUGAUGUUAUGAGGCGUCAUGUUGAUGUCUAAUGUGCUUCAUCAACUUCCAACCGUGUCUGUCUUUUUGUCCAGGACUUGUACAUACAGGCUCACUGUUGGUGAAUAUGCAGAGAAAUGAAAGGCUGUUCCGCGUAAGAGCUUGAAUUAAAAUGCACCUGGAAGUGUCGAGGUGAAAA